AAUCUUGUUUUGCUAAUGUUUCAGGGAGGAAAGAUUCGUGAUUUGCUUUUUCAGCUACUUGAGAAAGAAGAAGAUGUCAUCAUAAAACAUGGUGCACAAUCUAGGGAAAGCCGUCGUGAGGCAAGAAAAGGGAUGCACACCUCAAAAUUUUGUUUGCAUCCAGCUGGUGAUACUCCAUCAGCUUGCCGACUUUUUGAUGCUAUUGUGAGCUUGUGUGUCCCUGUAAUAAUCAGUGAUUACAUUGAAUUGCCAUUUGAGGAUAUUAUAGACUACAGGAAAAUUGCAGUUUUUGUAGACUCUAACACAGCUGUGAAGCCGGGGUUCUUGGUUAAAAAGCUAAGGAAGUUAAGCAUGGAGAGGAUUUUGGAAUUCCAACGGGAGCUGAAAAAGGUGAAGCAUUACUUUGAAUAUGAGGACCCAAAUGGAACAGUAAAAGAAAUUUGGCGUCAGGUUUCUUUGAAGUUACCGCUUGUUAAGUUAAUGAUAAAUCGUGACAAGCGACUGGUGAAAAGGGAGCUCACUGAACCAGAUUGCUCUUGUCUGUGUUCAAACCAGUCAGGGAUCUCGACAACAUUAUGAUCCUCACUGGGGACAUUUUCUCAAUCACCUUCCUCUCUGAACAUUCGCGGAUCAUCAGAGAACGUCUGCUCAUACCUUGAAGGUCCCCGAUUCUUGGGGAAGAAGAUGAUAGAUCAAGAGUCUUGUGCUGUUAACUUGUAUCUGCGGAUAUUGCUGCUAUCUGCAUCCAUUAAUUUGAUAUCCCUGCUAAAUGGUAGAAAUCCAGUUCAUGAUGAAAUAAGGAUCGGUCUAGUAUAUUUUUAUAUUUACAUAGUUUUACUUAUUCAUUUCACACUCCUGGAUGCAUCAUAUGCAUGUGUUUCGAGAAUUGCUGUGGCUAGAAGCAAUUCUGUCUGUAUUUACAUUGUUGUACAUCAUGAUAUAUAAAAUCACAGCUAUAUGUAGGUUUUUGCUUCCGAA